AGCCAUUCCAUAACAUACAAAAGUUAACUUGAAGGUGAAUCAGCCCUGGAUGAUCCCAUGAAACCCUAACCUAGGGCAUAUGGGAACCCUGCUAUUAUAUUAGGGGUGGGAAUCCUUUUCUCUGCAGUCUGCAACACAGUCUAUAAGGCAGACGUAAACUUAGGCACCAGGUAGGAUUUGGAAAUGCUAAAGGUAGCUGCAGGGGGAAGAACAUGGCGAGUAGAGGAACCACCAGAAAGCAGUUGUUUUAGUACGUUCAGUUAAUACCCCCCAUCCCCUAGCAAAUAGAAUAACCCAUCCUCUGAUAUUCCUAAGGAGCUUUUAGUAGUAUGUGAAGAGUAACGUAAACAGUCGCCCAAGUAGCUGAUUUAAAAACAUGAGGCUUCAUUUGUCAGGUCCCACGAUAUCGUACGAUAACGCACUGCCAGUCUUUUUUCUGACAAGGGAACACACAAAGUCCCCCCAGCAUAGAAUUGACAGGUAGCGUCUCCCUGUACAGCUGUGGAGCGGCAGUGGGCUGAUCACGUGACCCAGGAGGAAUGCAGAUGAUGAGCAGUACAAGUGAGUGGUGGGGGAGAGUGAGCAAGACUAGAGGCAGAAUCUCCAAACCUCCUUGCCCUGUUGCUGCAAAUCCCUCUGACGCUCAGCAUCAAAGCGCUGAGUGACUGACGUCUCGUCCAAUUGCAGGACAACCCUUCCCUAAGUCGCCCAAUCAGCGGAUUCUACCUAUCCCGGGAGGCUCUGUUCAUCCCUGUUUAAAAAAAAAGCAGAAUGAGAAAAAAAGCAGCUCGGGCAAUUAUGCCAGGAGAGCUGAACCGAAAGGCAGACUGAGGACCGUGUUGCGCUCAAAGCCUGCGGCAUGGAUUCCAUUUCUCCCUGAACUGUUAUUAGCUGCACAGGAUGGAUGUUCUUGACAAUGUCGAUACUGAGGACUUUCCACCCCCACCACCUGAAGUUUAUUCUGAAGAGCUGACGUUUAAUGGCCCUACCUAUGAAAAAGAUGACGAUGAUGAUGAAGAAGAAGAAGGAGAAGAAUUUGAUUUUGACAGCGGGGAUGAAAUUCCAGAAGCAGACCAACCACUAGUGGAAGCUCCUGCUGAUAAUCUCAUCGACCUGGGAUUCCAUUUCCCAGACCCUCCAGUACUGUCCAAUGAAGUUACCCUAGAAAUUUCAAAACAGAAAUUGCCAACAGAAAUUGGUAGGAAAACAACAACAAAGAAGGUGAACCCAUAUUCUAUUAUUGACAUAGCGGCAUUUCAAGAGGUUGAUUCAGCUACAUCAGAAGACCUUGUAUCUACCGACGAAAGUACAAGUCCGCGAGUGCCGAGUGGAUAUUCUGUUCCUGUGCCAUGUGGAUACGCCGUUCCCUCUAACUUACCAUUGUUGCAGCCAGCAUACUCCACACCAGUCAUAAUUCGCAACCUAUCAAUUGAUGAGCAAGGAGUGCAAGAGGUUGUUCCAAAUCCACAUUUUCAUUUCACUAGUGAAGAUGAUCACCUUUCCAUGUCUAAAUCCAGAGACGGAGAACUCUCAAGUGAAGAUUUCCAGUCAACCAAAGAGGAAGAUGUGUUGGCAAAGUGGGUUGCAGAUCCUGCAAAUACAGAAUGGAUGCAGCAUCCUGAUGAAGUCAUUUAUGAUGAUGUACCAAGGGAGAAUUCAGACUCUGCAACAGAUCCUGAAGAAAUGAUAUACGAUGAUGUGGAAAAUGGUGAAGACGGUGGAAACAGCUCACUGGACUAUGGUUGGAGCUCUAGUGAAUUUGAAAGUUAUGAAGAACACAGUGACUCAGAGUCAAAACAUGGAGCACCAAACUCCUUUUUGAGUGGAAAAAACAAAAGUCAUAUUUCUCAGGAUCUAACACGUUUAAAGCAGCAUUAUGAGAAGAAGAUGAAAGAUCUUGUGGCAAAUAGAGUGGGAGCUGUAGAGAUCCAACAUUUUAAGCACAAGCAUGAACUUAAGAUGCAAAAUCUAGUGAAGGCUGCUAAAGAGGGUACAAAAGAUGGACUUGAAAAAACCAAGGCUGCUGUGAAAAAAGGCCGAUCCUACAUUAGGACCAAAUCAUUUGUCUUACAUGAUCGCAAAUCUACCAGUCUUGAGGACGAUGAGUUGAAUUUAUUUAUUGAUGUGGACUGCAUGCACAUAGAGGCAGUCUUGUCUCCAAUGCCAGAAGGACUAUCACAACAGCAGGUUGUGAGACGGUACGUUCUAGGAUCGAUCAUGGAAAGUGAGAAGAACUAUAUAGACUCAUUAAAAAGAAUUCUUGAGCAAUAUGAGAAGCCAUUGUGGGACACAGAGCCAAGGUUAUUAAGUGAAAGAAAGCUGAAAAUAGUCUUCUAUCGCAUCAAGGAAAUUCUCCAGUGUCACUCACUGUUCCAGAUUGCUCUGGCCAGCCGAGUGGCAGAGUGGGACACUGCAGAAAUGAUUGGAGAUGUGUUUGUAGCCUCAUUUUCAAAAUCCAUGGUCCUGGAUGCAUACAGUGAGUAUGUGAAUAACUUCAGCACGGCCGUCGGAGUUCUCCGGAAAGCCUGUGCCACAAAACCAGCUUUUCUGGAGUUUUUAAAACAGUGCCAAGAAUCUAGUCCUGACAGAAUAACUCUUUAUGGUCUGAUGAUGAAACCUAUUCAGCGCUUCCCACAGUUUAUACUUCUGCUUCAGGACAUGCUAAAAAAUACAAACAAGGGACAUCCAGACCGGCUUCCACUGCAGAUGGCUCUUACAGAGUUGGAAACCUUAGCAGAUAAACUGAACGAAAGGAAGCGAGAUGCAGAUCAGCGCUGUGAAAUUAAGCAGAUUGCCAAGGCAAUGAAUGAAAGAUAUCUGAAUAAGCUUCUAAGCAAUGGAAGCAGAUACCUUAUUCGAUCGGAUGAUAUGGUAGAAACUGUUUUCAACGAAAGGGGGGAGAUUGUAAAAACAAAGCAACGGAGACUCUUUAUGUUAAAUGAUGUACUGAUGUGCGCCACAGCGCAUGCUAGGUCUUCUGUGGAAGGCAGUAGUGCAGUAACCACAAACCAAAAAUACUUACUAAAAUGGAGUGUACCACUAAACAAUGUUGAAGUGAUUGAAUAUGGAGAAAGUGAGGACCAAGGAGGCCAAACUCUGUAUUCUUCUUUGCAUGUUGCUGAAAAAGUUGUUAUUAGCAGUAAACCAAAUAAACUGUACAUGGGGCCUGGACAGCUGUAUAAUGACUUGCAGAACCUACUUCAUGAUUUGGAUGUAGUCAACCAGAUAGCUCAGCUUGUUGGACAGCUGAAGGGGAACUAUCAGAACAUCAACCAUGCAGUUGCCCAAGAUUGGUCUGUAGGGUUACAAAAGUUGAUCUUGAAGAAAGAAAAUGAAAUCCAAGCUGCAGACCGCUGCAGAAUUCAGCUCCAACUCCCUGGCAAGCAGGACAAGUCAGGACGCCCCACCUUCUUUACUGCAGUAUUUAACACAUUGUUUCCUGCUGCCAAACAGUCAUGGCUCAAUAAGUUACAGAUGUCUAAGCUUGCUCUUGGAGAAGAGAACAACAUAGGCUGGUUUUGUUUAGAAGAUGAAGGCAAUCAAGUUAAGAAGGAGAAGCAUCCCUUGCUUGUGAAACACUUACCAGUUGUCAUGUCAAAGCAGCAGGAAUUUAAGAUUGAAUGUGCUGUCUAUAAUCCAGAAUCAUAUCUCAGUAGUGAAAAUGGUCCAGAUACACUUUCCAUGCAUCAUGGCUUUCUGUGGAUUGGCAGCUGCACUAAUCAGAUGGGGCAGAUUUCAGUUCUCUCCCUACAAAAUUGUAGCCCCAAGGUUUUGGAGUGUUUCAAUGUUGAAUCACGCAUACUCUGCAUGGUCUAUAUACCAGAAGAAGCAAAAAAGAAACAACAAAGUGGUGGCCCAGAUGUAGAGAAUGGGUCUUCUCCAACGCCAGAUGUGCCCACUAUUUGUCUGGGUAUGGAGGAAGGAAGCAUAUGUGUCUACAAAAGCAGUCAAGGAUCUAAAAAAGUACGGCUGCAGCACUUUUUCACACCAGAAAAAUCAACUGUCAUGAGUCUUGCUAGCGCCUCUCAGUUCUUGUAUGCUGGUCUUGUAAAUGGAAAUCUCUCCAUCUACACGAAAGCUGAAGGUGGAAACUGGAAUACAGAUCAACCAAAGCUAAUCAAAUUAGGAGUUCUGCCAGUUCGAAGUCUGUUAAUAAUGGAGAGCACAAUCUGGGCUGCUUCUGGAGGGCAGAUAUUUGUUAUUGGCCAUGACACCAAUGCCAUUGAGCACCAGUUUGAGGCCCACAGUGAAGAAGGUAUGGUGAUUUCUCACAUGGCUGUAGCAGGUGUCGGCAUUUGGAUAGCAUUUACUACUGGAUCAACUCUGCGACUCUUUCACACUGAGACAUUUGAGCAUUUGCAAGAUAUAAAUAUAGCGACUCCAAUACACAACAUGUUACCAGGACAGCAUCGUGUGUCUGUAACUAGUUUACUGGUUUGUCAUGGUUUGCUGAUGGUUGGCACAAAUUUGGGAGUUAUAGUUUCCUUACCAGUUCCACGUUUACAAGGGAUUCCAAAAGUGACCGGAAGAGGAAUGGUCUCAUAUCACGCUCAUCACAGUCCAGUAAAAUUCCUGGUCAAGGCAACUGCCAUUAAUAAAAAAUACAGGCGCACCCCAAGCAGAUGCAGCCAGAUUUCUCACUCAGAAUUAAAAAAUGAGGACUCACAGUGCACUGCUGUUCAGCAAAAUAAUGAAACCGAUGCAGCAUCGACAAGCAAUAACAGUGACAGUGCUGUUUGGCUUGGAGGGUCUAUGGGAUCCAUUGCUCAAAAAAGUGACUUAUCAUCUUCAUCAGGAUCUCUAACACUGUCUCACGGAUCCAACUCAUGUGAUCCAGGAAAGGAAGACUGCACCCUAUGUGAUCUUUUAAGUGAUCCCAACAUGCCACCUCCAAAUGGCAAAAGACCAAAAGACAAAAAGCUCAAAGCAGACUCUGUCCUAGUGAUCUCUGGUGGCCAGGGGCACAGUAGGUUAAACAAAAAGAUCAAACCACAGCGACAAGAAGAGCUGGUUUCUUCGGCAAUGGUUUGGCAGAUCCCACUGAACAUGUAACAUAACAACAAGAAGUACAAAUGGCUGCCUUACUCAAUAUUCUUCUCUAUGUAAUGAUGUUCAAAUCUAACCCGUCACAGUCUGUUCUUUUCACAAACUCUGGUAACCCCUAACAUAAACAAAUAUCUGUUUUGAAUGCCUUAUAAUACAAUAAUAAUAAUCUGUUGAAAAGAGGUGAAGAGCCCAAAGAGAAAUUGGAACUUUUCAUGUGAAUGUGUUGUAACUGUGUCCUGUGAGCCAUGCACUUCCCUUUUGAGCAAAUACAUGGAUCUGUAGCAUAGGCAUCUGCCUAAAGUGAUACGCAUAACACUCAUUGUUUUCCGGCCUGAAUUGGCUUCAUAUGUUUAGUGGCUCUGUGUCAAGAGCGUUCUGCUCGUAAAUAGGAAUUCAUCUGUAAACAAAUGCCAAGAGUGAAACCAUUUUCAACAGUGCAACAGUAAUGUGCUUUGACUUUCAGUGAGGCACCCACUUGGAAAUGAAUCUGUAUUAUCCAUCUCCUGUGCAACAGAAACACCAAACACAAGCCAUUCUCUCUCUGCUGUACAUCUUAAUGAUUUACACAUAUACAUAAACACAACCGCAUGUAUUUAAUGUCACUGCAGUGUUUGUGGACAUUGAAUUUUAUGUACACUUUUACAGUGGGUCAGUAGAAAUAUUACCAAAUGACAAUUCUUUUAUAUCAUAUUAUUGCAAAGCAAAAAGCUAAAACAAUAAAGCAUGGUUGCUUAUA